AAAAAAAAAAAAAAAAAAAACCAAGUGCCAGAAGAUUGAGAGAGAAAGAGAACAAGAGUACAGGAGAUAGUUAAAGAGGAAAAGAGGAAAAGAGAGUGUGUGACUUAAUCUCGUAUAAAAGGAUGGACAUCGACUCAGGCGAAAUGAACUGGACGUGGCGAUGACAAGCCUGAUAUUGGAGAACGCAGAUUUAAACCGACUAUUUCCGAAAUGCCGGCCUAGGGGCGGUCAUCCCCCGCAAUCGGGGGCAGGAUCGCAUCAUCAGCCAACGGGCCAGCAGCCGCAUGACCGUCGUAAUUCAACUUCAACGUGUAAGAAGCUGGAGCCGGUCACUACGCCGCCGUCGUUGUCCUCAUCCUCGUCGACGAGCGUCGUAACAGGAGGAUCAGGAAGUGGGUUCCCACAUAUCGACAUGAUUGACCUGGAGCACGACAACAACACCGACAGGUGUAGAAAACGAGCGACGAGUCGCAGGAAAAAAUCAGGUUCGCUGUCCCGUAGGACGGCAAAUAUAAUGCCGGGGUUCGAGGCCCAGAUCCAGUCCCAGUCCCACCAGCAGCAGCAACAGCAGCAGAUAUUAACCUCCCAUCAGCAGCACGGGAUGAUCACCACUAAGCCAGCGUCUUCCAGUUCAUCGUCCUCGGCUUCAGGACGCAGUGAAGAUGCACACAAUUAUGGGAGUCUCGGUGGUAGCGAUCAUCAAGGACAGUCCCAGCAAGAUGACAGUGGACCUGAAGAAGGUCCUGUUUAUAUUUUAACUUCUGCAAAAGGCGAUAGAAGUUAUAAAUUGCGAGAUUCUCGAAUUAUUGAGAUAGCUGGAGGAAGAGAAGUAUUCUCACAGAGUAGAGGUAAAGUUGCUGCGAGGAAGCCUCGUUUCCUUACCUCUUCAAAGUCCGUGCCUAAUGACGAAUCUACUGGAGACAAGUUGACGGUGAAAAAAAAUAGUAAAUCACCCAAUCGACAGAGUGUCUGGGAAUUACGAAGCAGAUGUGGAGAAGCAAGACGACAGCGAGCAAACCGUGAAAUAACCGAAACAGUAUUUUCAUCCGAAGUACAUUCAGUUCGUCGUAAUCCAACAACAAAAUCAAUUCUUGAUUAUGACUCACCAAAGGCUGCACGAAGCAAUCGUAUUAUAAAUUAUGACUCGGUAUUAAAUAGCAAUAAUGUAGAAUAUACAGUGCCGAAAAGUAUAACAGGCAUUGAUUGUGGAUUACCAAAGAAUUGUGUUGAUUAUCAAUCGAAUCAUACGACACCAGCAAGAAGUAUGGCUAUUGUUAGUGAUGGUGAGGUUGUUGUCUUUGAUGACAUUGAUGACAAUUGGCAGGGACUUAGAUUGGAUCUCGGUUCGACAAACAACACGUUAACUAAUUCGCAAAUAAAUACUACGAGUUAUUUAAAUUCAGAUCAAGAUGAUAUACAGCAGCAACAGCAACAGCAACAACAACAACAACAACAACAACAACAACAACAACAACAACAACAACAACAGCAGCAGCAGCAGCAGCAACGUAAUAGCAGUAGAAUUCCUCCGGAACCACCUGGCUCAAGUGGCGGUAGUUCACCGAGUCCUACGUCAACGUAUCCAAGAAAUACGUCGGACUUUUUUAAGGUGAUUACACCCGCAAGUGACUGCGAAGUAAAUUCACCCUCCCCAGAACGAAAUCACAAAGUAGCAAGGGUUAUUGGUGAAUUACCCAUAGCUCAGUAUUCCGGUAGUCCACGUCGUUAUGGUGUGCGUGAAAAUUCACGAUUACCAAAUAUUUUAUCAUCACCCUCGAUAUACAUGACACCGAGACCUGGAUUUCCUCAGAGAAUUUUACCAACAACGCCAAACCAAAAAGAAAAGGAGACUGAUUAUUUGCCAGCGAAAGAAGAACCAAUUGUUGAGGUGUUAGUUGAUACGACGACGAGCCCAACACCAGAGAAAAGUAACACCAAUCUUAUGGUAACUUCACACUCCGUUGAGGAAAUAUCCUCAAUGCCGGAUCUUGUGACACAAUCAGAAGAGUUGAAACUACAACGCGAGGAGGAGGAAGAGGAAGAGGAGGAAGAUUUUCUCAAACCAUCAUUUCUCAGUAGUGAUAAUUUAUCGAGUCUUGUUGCACCCGGGGGUAGUACUUUUGAUUAUUUAUAUGAGUUUUCUGAAACGAGAAAAGUGUUGGAGGAAUUUUUCAAGUGUCCCGCUCCUACUGAGGAAAAAGAAAGCAAUGGCGAGUCGUUUCCAUUUCAGGAUUUGGAUUAUGAAUUACGGCGACAAGGAGGAAACUCAUACGUUGGUCAGCGUUUAGCCAGCGGGUUACCAAACACAGAAGAGGUUAUGGUACAUGAAUCGCCAAAGAAACAGCGAGCAGAUUUUCCUCCUUCUAUCGAGCAUGAGAACAAUUUCCUUGAUUUAUCUGUGGGCACUGGAAGCAGUGAAGAUCUUGGGGAAACAGAAGUAGGUCUGCAGGUCGGGCAUUCACGAAACUUUACUCUGAGUCCGGAAACAACGGAUUGCGACAGUAAUUGCGGUGAUCUUGAUAGCGAAAUGUCAUUAAUGAUGAUGGACAAUGAACUAUUACCGGCAAGCGGGCUACUGGGGUCUGUCGGUGAUCUCGGUAACAAUUCAGAUUCACUGAGAAUAUACACAAGUAUGCCAGUGCUCGAGGACGGUUUAUCGAGUGGUCAUGCGAGCGAUACCGACAACAAUAAUCCAACAGUGAUGUUGAUGAAACGUCAGAUAAAUGAGAUAGAAAAGGAAAUAAUUCAAAGGACAAGAAAUGAUAUGCUGGGAACUGAUAUCGAUAAUGAAAAAGAUGUUAGUUUGAAUGUUACGAAAGACAUACUACAAACUUUAAAAGCAACCUCCCCAGAUUUAUUUAUAGCUCAGAAAGAAAAUUCUUACGAGACGAAUGAGUUGAAUUUAGACGGCUUAGAUCCAUUGGGUACUCCACCACCGCCUGCGCCUCAGGGUAGACAAAGCAUUAACUUGGAGAUUGGCGGUGAAGUAGAAGCUGCUAUAAAGGAUAUACGAAUGGCUUUGCAGAAAACAAAAACCUUGCCAGUUAAAUCACCAACGGAAGAUCCUCCCGAGCCGAGCGUCAGUCCCAUUUGGAUACCCAGGCGGCGGAUUUGCACCGAGAGCAACAGCGAAGAUUCCGAGGCUCGCCGCGUUGAGGACGAGAAUGAAGUUGAGGUUGAGGAAGUUGUAGACGAAGAGGAAGCAGAUACCGAUUUGGAAACUGACCGACUCUUGGGUCAACAAAGAACUGAUGAUCAAGGGUUCUACGAUGACAAGGGGUGGCGGAAGCCUAAAACUAGGACAAUGCUACCACCAAUGAGUACCAAAGUCGUAACACCAAAGCAAACCCCACCGAAAACAUUGAGUGUAGCUCCACUAGAAACGCUAACGCCACCCGAGCCCCUGCCCUCAACGUCGUCAUCCAUAUCCCCGCCUCCUAUUGUCACUGUAAUACAGUCGCCGACGUCUGAACGCGAGGCGACAUCACCCACUACUCAAACCUCAGCGAGUCCCCAGAAGAUCUCCCCGGUUAAAAAUUCUCCCUCGCCCACACAAAGCCUCAAGGAGUCCAACGGCAAGGCCAAAAAGGAAAAAGAGGGAAAGAAGAAAAGCCGUAACAAAGAAGGAUUACUGGAUGAUCCAUCAGUGCUGAUUGAGGGUGUACUGUUUCGUGCGCGAUAUCUCGGAUCAACGCAACUUGUUUGCGAGGGCCAACCAACUAAAUCCACGAGGAUGUGUCAGGCGGAAGAAGCCGUAUCUAGGAUAAAGGAUGUCCUCCCGGAGCCGGUGCCGAUUCAGUCGCUCUUAAACUAUGGGAGCGGGCAGCAUGGCUAUGGCCGUUGCAGCGUCGCCUCCCAGGGCAGCAUUGACGAGGAUGAAUGCGACUCGAGUGAAGAACUGAUAGGGAAUGUUGCCGGUGGGGGCCAGCCGCAGGUGGAGACCCAGCAAUUGGGAUCAUCAUCCCAGACCUCGUCGUCAGGAAAGCUGGCCCCGAUCGGCGGCUCGAUCGGUCCAUCCACCGUUUUCAGACUACAUUUUCUCGGUUCGGUCGAGGUGGAAGAGGAAGGGGGACGCAAACGUCGUAAGCGUCUUAAGAAGCACAUGGUUGAAGAAGCUGUCACUAAGAUAAAGGCAUUGGCACCAGAUGGUGAAACUCAACCGAGUGCGGAAGUGGAUUUGUUUAUAUCGACGGAAAAAAUAAUGGUAUUAAAUACAGAUCUUAAGGAAAUAAUGAUGGACCACGCACUGAGAACUAUAUCUUAUAUUGCGGACAUCGGAGACUUGGUAGUGUUGAUGGCCCGAAGACGUUUUGUACCUCAUGAGAUGGAAGAGGCUCCAAAGAUAAAUAGAACGCCAAAGAUGAUUUGCCAUGUGUUUGAGAGCGAGGAAGCUCAAUUUAUCGCCCAAAGUAUUGGACAAGCGUUUCAGGUUGCUUAUAUGGAGUUUCUAAAAGCCAAUGGCAUCGAGGAUCACAGUUUUGUUAAGGAAAUGGAUUACCAGGAAGUUCUAAACUCCCAGGAGAUAUUUGGCGAUGAGCUGCAGAUGUUUGCCAAAAAAGAAAUGCAAAAGGAGGUGGUAGUACCCAAAGCAAAAGGCGAAAUCCUGGGUGUAGUGAUUGUAGAAUCUGGAUGGGGCUCGAUGCUACCUACGGUAGUGAUAGCAAAUCUUGCGCCAGCCGGUGCGGCCGCACGUUGUGGUCAGCUCAACAUUGGCGAUCAGAUAAUUGCUAUUAAUGGAGUAUCACUUGUAGGAUUACCAUUAUCAACGUGCCAGACUUACAUUAAAAAUUCUAAAAAUCAGACAGUGGUUAAGCUUACGGUUGUGCCAUGCGCUCCGGUAGUUGAAGUGAAGAUUAAGAGGCCGGAUACUAAGUAUCAACUAGGAUUUAGUGUACAAAAUGGUGUAAUAUGUAGUUUACUGAGGGGUGGAAUUGCUGAGAGAGGUGGCGUGCGUGUGGGCCACAGAAUAAUCGAGAUUAACAAUCAGAGUGUUGUUGCUGUGCCACAUGAGAAAAUCGUUAAUCUCUUGGCUACGUCUGUUGGGGAGAUACUCAUGAAGACGAUGCCUACAUCUAUGUUUAGACUAUUGACCGGUCAGGAGUCUCCAGUAUAUAUAUAAAAAGAUAAAUAUACAAUUGCGUAUAUAUACAUAAACAUUCAUACAAAUGAAAAUAAAAAAUUUGAGGAUAAUAAUAACAAAAGUACUUAUGGGAGAGAAAAUUUUCUCAGUUGCCUGGUCGUUUUGUUAUGUAGUGCAAAAGACAAUACAACCGCCAUCCACUAUCGUAUAUUCUAUAUCUCCAUCACCCGUAAAAGGCUUGUUCCAACGUGGUGAGAAUCACCUUUGUAUUCCAGUCAACCGGAACAGUCUUCUGUACUCAAGCUUUCAAAAAAAAAAAAAAAAAAAAAAUAUAAAAAAAAUAUUUACGUAAGCCAUAAAUUUGAAGUAUAGUGACACGUAGCGAGUAAGCAAAUAAAAAAGCGAAAAAUUACGAGAGAGUGGAAAAAAUAAGAGUGGAAUAAAUGUUAAUGUUUAAGUAUUUAAUCUUAAUAUAUAAUUUAUAUCGAUCAUCAUCAUAGAUAGAUAUGUUAUAUAUAAAUAUAUGAAUUAUUAUUGAUAAUAAUCAUACUCUGAUAUAAAAAAAAAAAUUAUCGGGUGAAUUGGGAUUUUCUAUAGCAAAUUACAAUUUAAAAGUCAGUAUCAAAUUUUCUGAGCUUGAGAUAAUGUAAUUAAGAAUGUUUGAGCUUGAUCGCUGAAUCUCAAGAGACUAGUUGAUGAUUUAUUUAUUUAAAGUAGCCUUGCAUAAUAUUUAGCCUAUGCAAAAAAAAAAAAACAAAGAUAUAAAUAUAUAAAUAAAUAAAAUAUAUAUAUAAGAGAAGAGAAGUCUCUCAUUGAUCACAAGAAAAUUGAAUGAUCGAGUGAAUGACUACUUAGAGAGUCUCACUAAUAAAUAUUAACAUUAAUAAUAAUAAUAAUAAUAAUAAUAAUAAUAAUAAUAAUAAUAAUAAUAAUAAUAAUAAUAAUAACGCCAAGGAAAAUGAUAGUUAAUUGAAAUGCACAUGAUUAUAAAUAGCACAAAGCUCUUAACGUGUACCGUUUUGAGCAGGGCUGAAACAAAUAAAUAAAAAACGUGUAUAUUAUAUAAAUGAAUACAAUACGUAAUUUAUGAAUUUAUCUAGCAGUUAUUUCUAAAAAAAAAAAAAAAUAAAAUUGAAAAAAAUAUAUAUAAAUUAAUAGUAUUAAAUAUUAUUAUUAUUAUUAUUCUCACUUUGGAGAUAAAAUCUACGUACAUUCCUUCAUUUAAACUUAUAUAUAAAUUAAGUGCUUGAGAGAUAAUUAAUGUUUAAAGUAAUAAUAAUAUAUGGUGCCCGAGAUUAUUCAUUUAUACUGGAUACGAAAAACAUAACUAAUAAAUAAAUAAAUAAAUAAAUUAUCAUAAACAUUUAUAAUCAUAACAAAGUGAUAUACGUAGAGCACACCAAAAAUAAAAAUUUCAGUCAGACAAGUUAAUAUAUAUAUUGACAUUAUUAAUUAAAUAAUGAUUUAUAGAGUAGCUUAUCUUGUAAAAGCCGAUGUUUUAAAAUCUUUGGCUUAUGUUAUGUAUUGAUAUCCUUGAUAAUGUGUUCUCAAUCCUAUUAUUUAAAUAUUUUAUUUAGACUCCGGACUUAUUCUAUUGCCAUUGAGCUUCCAUUUCAUACAAUGCGAAAGCUCGUGAAGGAGAAAAUCAAAUGAUAAGAUAAAAGCCCAAAAAGAACAAUGGAUAAGAAUUAUUUAUGAUCUCGUUGAACCGCCGGUACUGCUUUUAUUCACAUGUAUUAUACGCUAAAUCCUAGCCUUAUCAUCUUCAUUCUCGUUAUUAAAUUUCUAAUAAUAAUAAUUAUUAUUAUUAUUUUUAUUAUUAUAAAUAUAUAGAUGUAAGUAAUUCCCGUAGCUUCUAACACAAAGAGGACCGUAAUAAAGAGCUAUUUAAUUACAGUAAAAUAAUAAUUAUUAUUAAGUCUUCUCGCGAUUGAUAUUGUUAGACUGAAGGUGGAGAAAAUUAUAAAUCAAAUUUUAAUAGGUAAAAUUUUUUUGUUAACUAAAAAAAAAAUCUUAAAUUAAUAUACUGGUGGUGCUCUUGAAAUUUAGAUACCGCUCCUAAUAGUCCUAAUAGUAAGUUUAUAUAAUUAUAACACAAAAACAAAUUAUAAAUCUUCACUUUUUGUUCAAUCGGCUUUUUAAAAAAUCUAUAAACAUAUUUAUAUACAUAUAUAAUAUAUAUAUUUAUUAUUAGUGCGGUGCAAGCGAAGGUAGAUAAUAAAUCUGGUGAUUGAUUUAAAAUUUAAAUUUCAAUGUAUAAAUAAUAUUGAUUUAUUAAUUAAUUCACGUUAAAAUACGCGUGCGUUUGAAUUGUUAAAAUGAUUAUACUUAAAUAUAUAUUAUAUAUAUACAUGAAUAUAUAACUAAAUAUGAAUAUAUAUUUAUGCGCUUGUAAAAAUGGAAGAAAACUCUGGCAUGGGAAUUUGGGAUCCAUAUCUUUUAUGAUAUUAUUCGAACGGUAUGAUUAUAUAUAUAUGUAUAUUAUGGGAUCAAAAAAAAAUAAAAU